AUGACAACAGCGGCUUCUGCUUCACUCAUUUCCCUCUCACUUCUCCCUUCAAAACCCCAAAUCUCCAGCAAACGACACGAAAAUCGUCGUCGUCUGAUCCCACUCAACUUCUCUCGCAGAGACGCUGCUUUACUCUCAUUCUUCGUUCUCGUCCCUUCCGCUCCUGCUUCUGCUUUCUCCAUCGGCAUCUCAGGACCGAAGGACUGGCUGAAAGAUCAAAAAAAGAAGACUGCGAAAUACAUAUUGGCUCCUAUCGAUGCCUCCCGUGAAAUCCUUCGCUCUGCCUAUCUCUUGCUAACGGGAAGCGAAUCCAAGUUCACGGAAGAUAAAUUAGAGGAAGUUCAAAAACUGUUAAAAUCUGCCGCUAGGGACUGUGUUCCUCAAGAGAGGAAUUCGUUUGUUGCGUUUCAGGCUAAUACAGGAGUCGAGGUUUGCACGUUUCGUUUGAUUAUGAAGAAUGCUGCUUCAUUGCUUGAUAAAAAGGAUCCUGUAAAGUUGGAAGCUGAAGCUAUUUUGAAUGACCUUAUAAG